UGUGCUCUCACUGACUGAGUUUAAAUACCGCAUGCUACCAUUUAUCAAACAGACGUCGACAUUUCACGGGUGUUGGAGAGAAAGCACACACACACUAAAUCAAAAUGAGGGAGAUCGUACAUAUGCAAGCUGGCCAGUGCGGCAACCAAAUAGGAGCUAAAUUCUGGGAAGUUAUUUCCGAUGAACACGGAGUUGACCCCACCGGUACAUACCACGGAGAUUCCGACCUUCAGUUGGAGAGAAUCAACGUAUACUACAAUGAAGCCACAGGAGGCAAAUAUGUUCCCCGAGCUGUCUUGGUGGAUUUGGAGCCCGGAACAAUGGACUCUGUCAGAUCUGGUCCUUUUGGACAAAUCUUCAGACCAGACAACUUUGUGUUCGGACAGAGUGGUGCUGGAAACAACUGGGCUAAGGGACAUUACACAGAAGGUGCUGAGCUUGUAGACUCUGUUCUCGAUGUUGUGCGAAAGGAAGCAGAAAGUUGUGAUUGUCUUCAAGGAUUCCAGCUUACACAUUCUCUUGGCGGUGGUACCGGCUCCGGCAUGGGAACACUCCUCAUCUCCAAAAUUCGUGAAGAAUACCCCGACAGAAUCAUGAACACAUUCUCCGUAGUACCAUCACCAAAAGUAUCAGACACAGUGGUCGAACCAUACAACGCAACACUUUCCGUCCAUCAACUCGUUGAAAAUACAGAUGAGACCUACUGUAUCGACAACGAGGCUCUCUACGACAUCUGCUUCCGUACCCUCAAACUGACCACACCCACAUACGGUGACUUGAACCAUCUCGUCUCCGCCACCAUGUCCGGAGUCACCACCUGUCUCAGAUUCCCCGGUCAACUGAACGCCGAUCUCCGUAAAUUGGCUGUCAACAUGGUUCCCUUCCCCCGUCUCCAUUUCUUCAUGCCUGGUUUCGCUCCUCUUACAUCUCGUGGCAGCCAGCAGUACAGGGCUCUUACCGUCCCAGAACUGACCCAACAGAUGUUCGACGCAAAGAACAUGAUGGCUGCCUGUGAUCCUCGUCACGGACGUUAUCUGACCGUCGCCGCCAUGUUCCGUGGACGUAUGUCCAUGAAGGAGGUCGAUGAACAGAUGUUGAACGUCCAGAACAAGAACAGCAGCUACUUCGUUGAAUGGAUCCCCAACAACGUCAAGACAGCCGUCUGUGAUAUCCCACCACGUGGUCUUAAGAUGUCUGGUACCUUCAUUGGUAACAGCACCGCCAUCCAGGAGCUGUUCAAACGUAUCUCUGAACAAUUCACCGCUAUGUUCCGUCGUAAGGCUUUCUUGCAUUGGUACACUGGUGAGGGUAUGGACGAGAUGGAGUUCACAGAGGCCGAAUCCAACAUGAACGACUUGGUGUCCGAGUACCAACAGUACCAGGAUGCUACAGCCGAGGAGGAGGGAGAGUUUGACGAGGAGGAAGGAGAGGAAGAGGCUUAAAUAACAUCAGCUUCACGAAAAAAAGACUAAAACAAAUGUUCAGUUAACACCAAAUGAACAAAAAGUCAAAUCCCCAUCAAGUUGACAAUUGAGAAUGAUAUUAAAAAAAUGUCCAGUUAACACCAAAUGAACAAAAAGUCAAAUUCCCAUUAAGUUGACGAUUGAGAAUGACAUACUAACUAGUGUUUGGUUUGCACUGUUACAGUAUUAUAUUUGUUUUGUUAUGUUAUCUGUGAAAUGCAACUCGACCAUGCAUUAAAAUUCGAACCAAUACUCA